AUCAGAGGGCUACACAGCAAAGCUACUUAAGAGCUCAACUAAUAAUGGAAGGCAUAUGCUUUUCAUUGUUCCCCUUCAGGAUGAAAUUGAUAUUUCACCACUUCCUUUUGAUGCCCCAGAGUUCAGCAAAAUGCCAAAAUCACAAUGCAAGACAUGUGGUGAAACUUUGCCAUUACAAGCUCUAGCUUUGCAUGUAGAGUCAUGUAGCAAGCCAGACAGUGACCAAGAGGCAGAAGAAGAAUCAAGUGAUUGCUUGGAAGCAAGUACACAGAUUGUCUCUUCCCCUGAAACAUCUUUUAAAAGUGAUCUUACCAAUAAAGAAGACCAAUCCGCCACAAGUAAAAGGUGCCCAAUAUGCCAAGUUAUGUUCCCUGCUGGUUAUAUCGAGAUUCAUGCCAGUGCUUGUGGAGAAAGUCAGUGUCCUGUUUGGGAUUUGUCAGACAUUGAGACAGUGGAUGUUGACACUGCGGAAGAGGCUGGCCUGUCAGGCAUAGCUUCCCACACUACACCCAACCAUAAUCUAUCAUCUACUUCGUCAGCAUCACUGUCUGAUUUUACUGAUGAAGCAAAGGAUUGGAAAACUGCACCAGGCCCCAUUAAGGCAGCUGAAUUGUACAGGCAAUCUUUAAUCCAAGUUCAUGCAUCUGAGAAACCAUUGUACUUACAUCUUGACCUUACAAGCAGCAUCUCGGACCAAGAAGGCUCUCUCAUUGCUUUUUACAAAGCACGUAAUUCGAAAUGGGCAUGUCCUCUGAAAACCAGGCUUGAAGGGGAUCCUGCUGUUGGAGAAGGUGUAAACCGUUUUUUAUUUUCAAUGACUACACAGAAACUUAAAUGUGGUUUUCACCUUAACUUUGGAAAUGCUAAUAUUACAAGGAUUUUUGAUGGCGAGCCAGAUCAUCUCGUACCAUCUUCAUCUGGACAUCUGGUGGAUAGUGACCUGUUUCUGAUGGCUGGUAGAAUGAUCUUUCUUCAUGGAGGGCCACCCUUGUCAGGACUUAGCCCUGCUGUUGUCCAUGUCAUUUCCGGCGGCAGUGCCGAAACAGCUGUUGUACAGAUUUCAGACUGUCCAGAUUUUGAUUUGCGUCAGAAAAUCGUGCUGCUUGAAGGAGAAUCUGAACUAACACCUGAUGAGAAGGAGAGCAUUAAUGAUUUGUGCUUGUCGUGGGACCUACCUCUAGUGAACAAGGCUAAUCGACGAUGGCUUUAUGAGAGGCUUCUACAUCAUGCGGUUAUCGGACGAACUAUGAGGCAAAUCAAGCAACUUCGAAAAGGACUAAAGGAGACCAUGCUGUGGCCACUACUUUGUCAGCGUCCGGAUGUGCUUCCAGUCAUUUUCCCAUGAGAGAAAAAUGAAGGGUUGACCCCAGUGUUAUGUAAUUUUGGUAAUAAUCUCAAAGAACUCUAAUUUUGAAUGAAUUUGUCAUCUCCAAUUGGCUUUGUUAUUGUGUGCGAUUCUUGAAAUGUGUAUUUGAUUAUAAUUGACAGUGAUUUUUGUAUGUUUUUUUUUUGUAAUUUUUAUCGUUAGUGUGUCAUAAACAGCAUCAGCUGGCCUUCCAUGGUGGAAAAUGAUGAAGACAACGAUGACGAAUGCUCUUUGGAGGAUAAGAGCCGGGUUGCUGGCUACCUUCGUCAGUUCAUUGAAAGUGGUAGAGUAUUAAGUGUGUGUGUGUGUGUGUGUGUGUGUACAUACACAUAUAUACACACUUUUUUAUUGUAUCCUGCACAUGCAUCUUAAUGUUACAAUUUAAAAGCAUAUACAUACUUUAACAUUUAGGUGCAUGGGCAGGAUAAAAAUACAUCAGUCAAUGUGCUAGUAAUGUAAAUGAAUAAAAACAUUUGGAUAUCAUUAUUUUAUGUUUCUUUUUAAAAUUGUAACGAAUAUAUUCACAGCAUCUAGUCAUGAGCUGAAGGCCCUCGUUAAGUUCUGGGUCGGUUGGGAGGUUCCCACUACUUCCCUUAAACUGGAGGUAACGAACUGUAACCUACCUAAGGCAUCCACAUGCUUUGAGACGCUACGGCUUCCAUCACGGUAUCAUGACUACCCAGCAUUCAAGAAAGAACUACUUGCCUGCAUCAGUACUGUAGAUACAGGAUUUGGGCUGGUGUAAUUACUGUUAAUUAACAGUACUAGGCCUAUUUGUUGUUUUGUUAACCAUCUAUAUCCAUUAAUUCUAACCAAACGUUGUUCAUGGAUAGUGAGAUGGAAUUGUUUAUAUAAUGUAAAAAAAAUAUUUUAUUUUUUUGAAAAAAUGAAAGCACUGAGAUUGAAAAAGAAUAAAAACCAAGUUGUUUAUAUGUGCUAUAAAACCUGUUCAUAUAAUGUAACUGAAGUCUUUGUAUUUUUACAUACAGUCAGUCUUUGUUUAUUUAAAGUUCAGCAUGGACAAGAGGUCUAAAAGAAUAAAAAUAAAACUGUU